CCGACUAAAGGCAUCAUGAAGUUAUUCCCGAUUUGGGCUUUGGCCGCUCUUUGCCUUUGCCUCGGCCAAGUGGCCAGCAGUGAAAAGUUGAUCAACUGUUAUUGGGGCACCUGGGCCAACUACCGUCCCGGCGAUGGAAAGUUCACCCCCUCGGACAUCGAUCCCUCGCUGUGCACCCACAUCAGCUACACCUUCUUCGGAAUCAGCGAUGCCGGCGAGUUCAAGUCCCUGGACACCUGGCUGGACAUGGACGAUGGACUGGGCUUCAUUAGCCAGACGAUUGCACUGAAGCAACGCAAUCCGAAACUAAAGAUUUUGGCGGUGGUGGGCGGCUGGAACGAGGGCUCCGAGAAGUACUCGGCCAUGGCCGCCGAUCCGGGCAAGCGAGCCACCUUUGUGGCCAGCUCCCUGGCCUUCAUCCAGCAGCAUGGCUUCGAUGGUUUGGAUCUGGACUGGGAGUAUCCUGGACAGCGAGGAGGCGCUGCGUCGGAUCGCGAGAACUUCGUGACCCUGCUGCGUGAGAUUAAGGAAACCUACGAUAAGUAUGGACUGGAACUGGGUAUUGCUGUGGGUGCCUCCGAGAAGUCGGCCAGCAUCUCCUACGACAUUCCGGCCAUUUCCCAGCACCUGACCUUCAUCAAUGUGAUGACCUACGACUUCCACAUGGCUCUGGAUGGUUAUCUGGGUCUGAAUGCUCCGUUGCCCGAGGUUACCGAAUCCAUUGACUAUUGGCUAUCGCACGGUGCCCCCGCUGAGAAACUGCUCUUGGGCAUUGGCUUCUAUGGCCACAGCUACCAGAUGUCCGACAGCUCACAGAACUGGCCCGGAGCAUCCUGCAUUGGCCCCGGAUCUGCUGGCAUCUACACCCGCGAGAAUGGCUUCCUGGGCUACCACGAGAUCUGUCUGAACAACUGGCAGACCGUUUUCGAUCAACAGAACGGUGCUCCGUAUGCCUUCCAGGGCGACCAGUGGAUCGGCUAUGACAACCCCGAAAGCAUCCAGAUGAAGAUGCAGCUGGUGGAGUCGCGCAACCUGGGUGGCGCCAUGAUGUGGUCCAUCGAGACGGAUGAUUUCCGUGGCCUCUGUGGCGAGUCCUAUCCUCUGCUGAAAACCAUGAACCGAGCUAUGGGCAAGGAUGUUAGCGGAGGAGGAGGUGGUGGCGGAAGCGGAGGCGGUGGAAGUGUAACCCCGGCUCCCACUCCUGCACCCACUCCCGGAGGAGGAAGUGGUGGCGGCGGAGGUGGCGGAAGUGGAGACUGCUCCGAAAAUGGUUACUUCUGGUUCAGUGGCAGCUGCAGGUCGUUCUAUCAGUGCGUCGAUGGCAUCCGUUACGACUUCCAAUGCGGGGAGGGACUGUACUUUGAUCUCACCACCAAAAACUGCAACUGGGAGUGGGAGGUCAAUUGCCCCUAUUAAAUAAACAGAAAAUGAUAAUACGCAAAAA